UAAUAUAAACCAAUCAUGAAAAAGUUUUGAUCAAAAAACCUGAAAAAUACUAGUAUGUUCUGGUCCCAACCUGACCAUCCUUGACAGGGUCGUAUAAAACUGGUGGCUCUUGCUGUACGAAAUCAGUAAGUAGGCCCCCUUUGCCUGAAAAAGUGUUGAGGUUGAACAUUUGAGUGGUAUAUUAGACUAUAUAGUCCAAUAUGAAAGGCAUCAUCACUGGAGGUACCCGAGGCUUAGGGUAUAACAUAGCUGAAGAAUUGGCUAAGGAAGGGUAUACCCAUCUCAUUUUAACUUUCAAUUCCAACGUCGAAGCAGCAGAGAAGGCCAAAGCCAGUCUAGAAAGUAAAUACAAUAUUAAAAUAUUCGUGCUGAAGGGAGAUAUCGGAGAAGAAUCGACCGUGGAUCAGAUUUUUAAAUGCGCCGAAGAAAACUUUGGCAACCAAUUGAACGCAUUUGUCCACAAUGCAGGGGCUGCUGUUGGUAUCACUUCAGAAGCAGGAACACAUGAUGCGAAAAAGGCUGCCCAGAGCUACAAAGAUACAAUUGGUAGUGGCGAGUUCAAGAAUUUUUCGACCUACGAUUACUUCCAGAAGAUUUACCCUAAAUGCUUCAUAAGAUGUGUGGAACAAGCUGUCAAAAUSAUGGAAGACGGCAAGGGUUAUAUUAUUGCGGUUUCUACGUAUGGCUCUAACGUUCUUCAGACUCCAAAACCGGGGUAUGCGAUCACUGCACAAGCAAAGGGAUGUAUGGAGCUAUUGGUUCGUUACUAUGCACAAGCUCUCGCCCCGCGAGGCAUCACGGUCAACGCCGUCAUCCCUGGUUACGUCAUGUCUGAUGCCUGGCACAACAUGACCAAGGCAAGCGGUGGAGUAACCUCUGAAGCAGUGCAGAAGAGAAUCCAAGGCACGCCAAUGAGAAGAUUCGGCGAGGGUCGGGAGUUUGGUGCAGUGGUGUCCUUUCUGUGUAGCCCACGGGCGAGCUUUGUCACUGGUGUUGCUAUUCCUGUCGAUGGUGGCCUGCACUUGCAGUAGAAACAAAACGAAACGAGACAAAAAUAAUAUAAAUAAUAUCAAUUUUGAACCUAGCCUUCUCUGCAGGCAACUCUUGCCUAAGCUGAUGAUGGGGUCCUGUUGAAAUUUCGAAAGAAGGUCUAAACACAGAGAGGUCUUAACACAGGGAACCCUGAAGCGAAGGAUGCUUGCAGAGAAGGCUUUUUCGCAUGAUGAUUAUUUAUGGUAUAUAUAACGCAUUAACAAAUAAUUAUAUUCGAUUUUGUGCGUGUUCUAUUAGGGGGAAAUUACUAGGGAGUCCAUCUCUCAACAAAUCUUUGUGCCUUCAAACUUACAUAUGCUAAGCUAAGGUAACUCGCGCGCUGAUCUUUUGGUGGUUCUUUGUCAUUUAAUAGUACGCUAAUAACCUUAUGUUUUUUUAAAAAAAACUUAUGUACGUAUAAAAAUAAAAGCAAAAACGAAUUAUAA